AUGUCGUGUGCACCUAAUGUUGUUCAAUGCCGUAUCCGUUAUCCACAGCCUCCAGUUCAUAAAUACCACCAGAAAGGAGACCUCAUCAUUGGUGGCAUUGCUUACCAUGCUGGUAUUGUUGCCAGUAAAAUACUCUUCAAUGAAGAACCCCUACCAACACUGACAGAGUCAUUUGUUGUAGUGCCUAAGCAUUACCAACAUUCCGUGGCCUUGGCCUUUGCAGUAAAGGAGAUCAAUGAAAACCCUCAGAUUUUACCCAAUCUCACUUUGGGCUUCCACAUCUAUGACAGCCAUAACAAUGCAAGGAGGACCUAUCAUGCCACAUUGAUACUUCUAUCAGCACUGGAGAGAUUAAUCCCUAGUUAUCUUUGUGACAAACAGAAAAAUCUAAUAGCUGUCAUUGGGGGACUGGAUGCCCACAUUUCCACUAAUGUGGCAACUCUCCUGAAUAACUAUAAGAUUCCACAGCUCAUUUAUGGCUCUGUUCCAUCAACGAACGAUGGACAUUCAUUCUACCAGAUGGUCCCACAUGAAGCCCUUCAACAUACAGGAAUUGUCGCUUUGCUUCUGUAUUUCGGGUGGACAUGGAUUGGGGUCCUUUUACUGAAUGACGAAAGUAGUGAUAGGCAUUUGCAAACAGUAUUGCCAAUGUUUUCCCAGAGAGGAAUUUGCUUUGCCUUCAUAAAAAGAGUCCCCACAUUAACAUCUGAUGCUGAAGUGAACAAUAUCCUAGAAAAUGGAGCAAAAAUGUAUAACGAAAUAAUGGACAGCAGCACCAAUGUAAUUGUGUUUUAUGGAAAAUCUAAUUCCAUGACAUUUUUGAGAUGGCUCCCAUAUUAUUCAGGACAUGAGCCACGUCUACGGAAAGGAAUAGUGUGGAUAACGACGGCUCAAAUGGAACUCACUUCAUUAGUAUAUCAAAAAUACUGGCAAACAGAAAUAUUCAAUGGUAUGCUGUCUUUCACAAUCCACUCCAAUGACCUACCAGAAUUCAAACAAUUUGUUGAGAAACGAAAUCCUUCCAGCACAAAAGAAGAUGGUUUUAUCAGACAAUUCUGGCAAGAAGCCUUUGGCUGUGUCUUCCCCGAUGCAGAUGUGGAAGAAGUGAUGGGCGAUAUUUGCAGUAGUAAAGAGAAGCUAGAGAUCCUUCCAGCAACGUUUUUUGAGAUGAGCAUGACAGGCUACAGCUACAGUGUGUACAAUGCUGUCAAUGUUGUUGCUCAUGCUUUACAUGACAUGUCCUUAUCUAGACUCAAACUCAGAGCAAUGGAAGGCAGAGGAGGACCGAAGUGGCAAAAGCAACAGUUUUGGCAGCUCCAUCACUUUCUCAAAAGUGUCUCGUUUAACAACAGCGGUGGGGACAAGGUUGCCUUUGACCAGCAUGGGGAGUUAGUAGCUGGAUUUGAUGUGAUCAACUGGAUUGUUUCUUCAAACCAAACAUUUCAUAGAGUGAAAGUUGGGAGGGUAGAUCCCAACCAAGUAUUCACUAUCAAUGCGGAAGCCAUAACGUGGUACAGCUGGUUUAACCAGGUGCCCCCUUAUCAGUCCUCCGAGGUUAGUAUUUGUGAGAACAAGUUAAUUAAACCCAGUGAUGGGAGGCAGGUGUUUGUCCUUCAAGAUGGGAGUGACAUGAAUGACUGUAAUACAUGCUCAGACGAAGAAUAUCCAAACAAGAACCAGAAUUUGUGCAUACCAAAGGAUAUAAGUUUCUUAUCUUAUGGAGAACCUUUGGGCAUCGGUUUAGCUUGUUUUGCUCUUUACUUUUCUAUGAUCACAGCUCUAAUGCUGGGAACAUUUAUGAAGCACCACAACACGGCUCUUGUCAAAGCCAACAAUCGAGACCUCACCUACAGCCUCCUCAUCUCACUCCUACUCUGCUUCCUUUGUGUGUUUCUAUUUAUAGGCCAACGUAAUAUGGUGACAUGUCUCCUCCGACAAACGGCUUUUGGCAUCAUCUUCUCAGUAGCUGUUUCUUGCGUGUUGGCAAAAACUAUCACAGUGGUAUUGGCUUUCAUGGCCACCAAACCAGGAUCUAGGAUGAGGAUGUGGGUGGGGAAGAGACUGACCAAUUCCAUUGUGGUUUCCUGCUCCCUUGUACAAGCAGGUGUCUGUGCUGCCUGGUUGGGAUCCUCACCCCCAUUCCCCGAUGCUGAUGUGCACUCAGUGACUAAAGAAGUUGUACUGGAAUGUAAUGAGGGAUCUGUGACAAUGUUUUACUGUGUUCUAGGCUACAUGGGCUUCCUGGCUCUUGUCAGCUUCACUGUGGCCUUCUUUGCCAGGAAGUUACCUGACAGUUUCAAUGAAGCAAAAUUCAUCACUUUCAGUAUGCUGGUCUUUUGCAGUGUUUGGCUAUCUUUUGUUCCAACCUACCUUAGUACCAAGGGGAAAUACAUGGUUGCUGUGGAGAUCUUCUCUAUCUUAGCCUCCGGUGCUGGUCUGCUGUGCUGCAUCUUUGCUCCCAAGUGCUACAUUAUUUUGUUGCGACCUGGGCUGAACAACAGAGAGCAUCUAGUAAGAAGUAAGGUCUGA